AUGGUGCAGAUGUACAAACUGUGCAGUGAGCAGUUGUCACAGCAAGACCAUUAUGAUUUUGGCAUGCGUGCAGUCAAGUCUGUGUUGGUGAUGGCAGGAUCUUUGAAACGUCAGAACCCAGACAAAUCAGAGGAUGUGGUCCUCAUAAGGGCACUGAGAGACAGCAACCUGCCCAAGUUCCUUACGCAUGAUGCCAAAUUGUUCCAGGCCAUUCUUUCUGACCUGUUCCCUGGAGUGAACAUUCCUGAGCAUGAUUAUGGUCGCCUGAAAGAGGAGAUCAUCAAUGUCCAGGUGGUGAUGAAGCUGCAAGUGUUGGAGUCCCAGAUUGUGAAAGUUAUACAGCUGUUGGAGACAAUGAUAGUGCGUCACGGGGUCAUGCUGGUGGGCCCAACAGGUGGCGGCAAGACAACAGUGUAUAAG